UUUCAUUUAAAUAGUCGAAAGUUUGCCUCUUUUGAACUUGAAAGCAACCAUUGUUCUGUGGACACAUUAUUUUAAUAAUUAACUUGCAUACUGCAUCAGUUUUUAAUAGUGUACUAAAUCGCUGUAUAUUUGCUUAUUGUUAUAUUCUAAUGAACCUGCAAAUAUAUACGGGUAUAAGUAUUUCCAUGGACAAUAUUCCAAAUCCACUUUUUUCUUGAACAAGGCUCAUUCUAAUUAUUCACUAGAAGGAUACAGUCGAGCUUAACACACUGUAUUAUUUACUAAGGAUCGUACAAGAGAAAGUGAAUUACACGAGACGAAAUCAUUCUCAAAUACGAGAACGACAAAUAGUCAACAGCACAUUACAAUAACGUCAUUUUUCAGUGGUAGAAUUGAACAAAAAAUGUGGAAGUUUUAUUUGAUUUUUGUUUUUGUGCCCGUAAUGGGAUCAGACGUCCCACCAUACAUAAAACAGUGUUACGAAGGAGAUCCAGAAGUAAUACAGUGCUUCAAAAAAGCUAUCCAUCAUCUGCGACCUUAUUUACAAAAGGGAAUUGCAGAAAUUGAGUUGCCGUCGGUGGAACCGUUCAAAAUGGAUGAACUAACGUUGUCCUUAACUACAGGACCUCAAGGCUACAAAGUUUCUCUGAAAAACAUUGAUGUCUUUGGUGCCAGUCAAUUUACAGUUGAAAAUUUGAAAUUAAGUAGCAAUAAUGAACCUUUCGAAGCUAAAAUACAAAUACCUCAACUAACCAUCGAUUCAAGUUAUGAAAGUAGUGGCGUGCUCAUUAUUUUACCAGCGAGUGGGAAUGGAACAUUCAAUGGAAAAUUAGAUGACAUUUCGGCUAUGAUACGAGGAACAGCAAGUGUCCAAGAAAAAAAUGGUUUGAAGUAUUUACAUGUCGAUACAUUGAAAAUGGAGCUAGAUGUUAAAGAUCUUAACCUACAAGUUAAAAAUUUAUAUAGAAACAAUAUGAUAUUGACUCAAGCCAUCAACCUAUUCCUCCGCCAAAACGGAAAGGAAGUAUUCAAUGUAAUGUUGCCACAGCUAAAACAGAAGCUUUCGGUAUUGUUCCUGAAUAUAGCCAACACGUUAUUGUCGAACGUUCCUCUAACAACUUUCUAUGUACCAAAGAAGGAGCAAUGUUAUAAAGACGAUGUUAAUGUAAACACUUGCUUGAAGCAAUCAACCAAUUUUCUUAUAGCCAAUCUUAGGAACGGAAUUCCAGAAUUGGAUAUUUAUGAUCCUGAACCAAUAAUUAUUGAUCAAAUACAAUUAGCACUUGGAACAGGACCAGAUGGUUACAGAGCUAUAUUUAGGGAUAUCGAAGCCUUUGGUGUUAGUAAUAUAAGUGUUGCCGCUGUAAGAUCCGAUUUAAAUACGCAUCAAUACCAAUUCACGAUGUUUAUACCAAGAAUAACAGCAAAAGCAAAAUAUGAAUCAAGUGGAAUUCUUAUAUUAAUUCAAGCAUCAGGUGGAGGAAAUUACUGGGGCGAAUACGAGGGGGUUAAAAUCAAAGUGUACUUAAGAGGAUCUCCUCGAGAUAUUAACGGAAGAACAUACUUAAUUGUUCAACAAAUGAAGAUGGACUUCAAUGUGAAGGAGAUUAAAAUGGGAGUUGAUGGUAUACAUAAUGGCAACACUGUUCUACAAAUCUCUUCGAAAAUGUUUCUGAUAGUUUUCUUAAUUGGUGCAGUUCAUAUUUUAAGGGUAUCAUCUGGUGAACUCCCUUCCUUCAUUCAUGUUUGUCAAAGAGACGAUCCCAAUUUGAUACCAUGUUUGAUAGCAUCAGUAGAAGAUUUGAGGCCAUAUCUAGUAGAAGGUGUACCAGAAUACAAUAUUCCGAAAUUGGAGCCAUUGGUGAUGACGGACUUUUUUUCCGAAGAAGCUGCUGGUAUGAAAAUUACUGUUUCUAAUGUCAGUGCAUGGGGUUGUUCGGACUAUUUCGUGAGAGGAUUAGAGGUCAAUUUGGAGAACCAUAAUUUUGUGAUAAACAUCGAUCUUCCUAAAUUAAGAAUAGAGGCACAUUAUAACGUAGAUGGAAAACUUCUUGUCAUGCCUAUCAAAGGGGAUGGCAACUUGGAAGCCAAUAUAACUGAUACAACAGCUAGGGCUGAACUUACUGGAGAAUUGUAUGAAAAAAAUGGAGAAUCUUAUCUCAGAUACCACACUUUCGACUUAAAAGUUCAUGUUGGGGGAGGAACUUCACGUCUUGCAAAUUUAUUUAACGGAGAUAAAGUAUUAUUGGGAAUGAUAAACGAUGUUGUUAAUAAAAAUUUCGAUAUGUUCAUGAAGGAACUCAUGCCAAUAAUACAGAAAUCUUUGGCGGCGGUUUUCAAAGAGACUGCAAAUGCUAUAGUUGAAAACUUCACCUAUGAACAAUUAUUUCCAUAAUAUUUGUGAUAGGUAUAACAAUAUUUCGAAUCCAGUUUUCGUACUUGUAAGAAAUUUAAAAUAAAUAUAUGCUUCA